GCGUCGGGGAUGGUGGUGGCCAAGAUGGCGGCGGAGCUUGUGGAGGCUAAAAACAUGGUGAUGAGUUUUAGAGUCUCAGAUCUUCAGAUGCUCCUGGGUUUCGUUGGACGAAAUAAGAGUGGACUUAAACAUGAGCUUAUCACCAGGGCUCUGCAACUAGUUCAGUUUGAUUGCAGUCCUGAAGUCUUCAAAAAAAUUAAAGAACUCUAUGAGGCACGCUGUAUCAAGAAGAACUCAGCACACUCGCACCAAUCUCUGGACAAUUUUGCUAUAAAUUCAUCCGCUGACCAGUAUAGCAGAAUCUCUAGAAGGGCUGUAUCAGCUCCCAGCAUCAACUAUCCUGUGAUUUGUGGAAAAUACCUUAAUGACCUGGGUCAGUUACCCUCUAAAGUAAAGCCAGAAGUUCAGCUAAUAGAAUUGCCUUUCUUCAAUACCUUGGAUGAUUUGCUGAAGCCAACAGAGUUAGUUCCACAGAAUAAUGAGAAGCUUCAGGAAAGUCCUUGCACUUUUGUAUUGACACCGAGACAAGUAGAGCUAAUCAGAAACUCCAGGGAGUUGCAGCCAGGAGUGAAAUCAGUUCAGGUUGUCCUAAGGAUCUGUUAUACAGACACUAGCUGCCCUCAAGAGGAUCAGUACCCUCCCAACAUUACAGUUAAAGUGAAUCAAAACUACUGUUCAGUGCCGGGCUACUAUCCAUCAAACAAACCAGGAGGAGAACCCAAAAGACCCUGUCGCCCCAUUAAUCUCACAGACCUCAUAUUUCUAUCUUCAGCAACAAACCACAUUACUAUCACUUGGGGAAAUUAUGGAAAGAGCUACUCAGUGGGAUUAUUUCUAGUGCAGCAGUUGACCUCUGCAGAACUGCUGCAAAGUUUGAAAAACAUUGGAUUCAAACCCCCAGAGCUUUGCAGGGCAUUUGUUAAAGAGAAGCUACGCUUGGAUCCUGACAGUGAAAUUGCCACCACCCGCAUACGGGUGUCCCUCAUCUGCCCCCUGGUGAAGAUGCGGUUGUCCAUGCCUUGUCGUGCACAGACCUGUGCCCAUCUGCAAUGCUUUGAUGGUGUAUUUUACAUCCAGAUGAAUGAGAAGAAGCCAACUUGGACAUGCCCUGUGUGUGAUAAGCCUGCUCCCUUUGAUCAGCUUAUAAUAGAUGGGCUUCUAUCAAAGAUCCUGUCAGAAUGUGAAGACACUAAUGAAAUAGAAUACAUGGUGGAUGGCUCCUGGUAUCCAGUUAGAACUGAUAGCGAGAAAAGUUGCAGCUCUCAGUUCCCCAUUUUGACCCAAGGGAAUAGUGAGAAUGGAAAACCCAGCACUGAUGUGGUGGAUCUUACACUGGACUGUUCGUCCUCAGAAGAGGAGAAUGAGGAAGAAGAGGAGGAUGAUGAUAUAGAGGAUACUCCCCAGACCAAGCGCCCUUGCAGGUAUGAACCCAAACAGGACCCUGAAAACACUCAAGGCAGCGGACCUCUUAGUACUAGACCCAGAGGUUUCUGAUGAAGCCUACUUUUUCACUGGGCUGUGUGUGCACCGUCUUAAGGCAACUUCAUCUGCUCUGAGGUAGAGUAACCAGUCAGGCAGAAACAGUGUAAAACAUAUAUUUUUC